UCCUUCUUGUAUUUGUAUACUUAUUGUACUCUUUUAGUCUCUUAAAUUACCUUACAGAGCAAGAAAACGACUGAAAACGACUGUCUCUCCUUUGAUAUGCAACCGCAAGGGGCGUAGGCUACUUUCUGUAUCCUGCGUGGUGUAUGGAACGAAAUAAUCUAUUUAGAGGUCAUGACCCCUUAUCGGCGAAGGGGGUGGGGGGUAGAUCUGACGGUAAGGGGAGUGAAACACCGAGGUAGCUACUCACCUAGGAGAGCCAGACUGGGAGCAGGUGCGUUCCUCACCGUUACGAUACACAGUACAGUUACUCACACGAUACUAGGGCCGAAUACACUGUGUAGCCUAGUAGUUUUUUAAACAUUCCCUUCGACUGGCUGCGGUUUUCUACUCUUUUGUAUUAGCAGCUGUUCGCUAAGUGCGACCUCUGCUCUCCGUCACUUUUUGCGCAAUGCCACUUUUGUCAGUGCUGUCGCUUUUGGAGUGGGUGGACGUUGGAUUUUGUGUAAUGUUUCUUGCUGUGUUUUUGAUAUUUGCCGACAUUUGGAAAAACAAAUCUCCUAAGGAUUUCCCACCAGGACCGUGGUCACUCCCUAUCUUUGGUGACCUCUUUCGUAUUGAUCCUGCUAAAAUCCAUCUUCAGUUGCUUGAGUUAAAAAAGCAAUAUGGAGACAUUUUUAGUAUUCGACUUGGACCGAGGAUUGUUGUUCUGAAUGGCGUCAAGCUAAUUAAAGAGGCUUUUGUUCAACAUGGCGAAAACUUUGCAGAUCGGCCAUCGGUGCCAUUAUUCACAGACAUCAACAAAAACAAUGGCUUGGUUGGAUCCAAUGGCUAUAUGUGGAAGCAGCAGAGAAGGUUUGCUCUCAUGACUCUGAAGAACUUUGGAGUGGGCAAGAGGAGUCUUGAGUCCUCCAUCCAGGUGGAGUGUAAGUGGCUGAAUGAAGCCAUUGGGAAUGAACAAGGCAGACCAUUUGACCCUCAGUUCAUUGUUAACAACGCUGUUUCUAACAUUAUCUGUUGCCUGGUGUUUGGGGAUCGGUUUGAGUACAGUGACGAGCACUUCCAAAGUCUGCUGAGAUUAAUAAAUGAAGCCAUCUACUUAGAGGGAAGCUUUUGGGCUCAGCUAUACAACAUCUUUCCCUGGGUAAUGCGAAGGGUACCAGGACCCCACAGAAAAAUAUUCGCCCAUUGGGAAACGGUGAUCAACUUUGUGAAGCUGAAAAUUAAGGAACACAGAGAUGACUGGGACCCAUCAACUUCCAGAGACUACAUUGACUGCUUCCUGAGUGAGAUGGAAAAGGUGGAAGACAAUGUGGAGGCAGGGUUUAAUGAGGAGAAUUUGUGUUACUGCACACUGGAUCUGUUUGUGGCAGGAAGUGAGACCACAUCAACCACACUGUAUUGGGCUCUACUGUACAUGAUCAAGUAUCCUGAUGUACAAGAGAAGGUCCAGGCUGAGAUAGACAGAGUGAUUGGACCAUCACGCCAGCCGUCUGUGGCAGACAGAGCCAACAUGCCCUACACUGAUGCUGUGCUCCAUGAGACACAGAGGAUGGGAAACAUUUUGCCCCUGAAUGUGAUUCGAAUGACCACUAAAGACACCACGCUUGGAGAGUAUACCAUACCAAAGGGUACAAUGGUGAUGGGAAUUUUAACAUCUGUGCUGUUUGAUGAGUCUGAGUGGGAGACUCCACACGUCUUUAAUCCAGGACAUUUCCUGGAUGGAGAGGGGAACUUCAGAAGGAGAGAUGCCUUCAUGCCAUUUUCAGCAGGUAAGAGGGUGUGUCUGGGGGAGCAGCUGGCUCGGAUGGAGUUGUUCCUCUUCUUCACCUCUCUUCUGCAGAGAUUCACCUUCUCUCCUCCCCUGGGAGUGGAGCCCAGCCUGGACUUCAGAAUGGGAAUCACACUCAGCCCCAAGGCUUAUGAGCUCUGUGCCACCUCCCGCUGAGCAUAACCAUGUUAGGUGAUGUAGGCUUCAUGGAGGGAUUCAGUCAAAAACCUACACAUAAACGAUAUUUUGAAAAUUAAUUUUUUGCUUGUGAAAGGCAGUUGGGCUAUACGGUUUCCUAGUGUAUGUUGAAAUGAAGUUGAUUAACCCACAGUAAAUGUUCAUGGCAGUUUUCUUAGGGCCCACCUUAAUCUAGCAGAUUGUCAUGACUUCUAGCAGAAUUAUUUCUAUGAUUCUGAAAUCAAAUGAAAAAAGCAUAUCUCGUAACUAUAAAAAUUAUAUGUGUGUACAGCUAUGAUGUAUCAGUACGUCACAUUACAUACAUUAUUAUAUAGCGUUUGUCCAAGGAUAUCUAAAAGGUGUCAUACAUCAAGAUUUUUAAGAAAAGAUGUAGGCACCACUAAGAUACGCUGGCCCACCAACAUCAUGCAUCAAGCCACAUCCGUCGGGACAGAGAAUUUCUGAUAACAUUUCAUUUUCCUCACUCUGCACUCAUAUUUUAUGUAAGUUUGAUAUAAUUAUGCAAUGAUUAGUUAUUGUCCUGACAGUUACACAAAUGUCUGGGCAAGGACAAAGGCAUGCAGCACAGGGUGAAACUUAGAUGUUGUGACUGGACUGGAUCUCAGAAAGGUCAUCCUGUCGGAUGAGAGCAACACUCAAAAGCAGAGCCCUAAAUAUCUCAUUAAUAACAUAUUAGGCAAAAGUAUAAUGCAAUCCCUUACUAGACUGAGAGGUAAGUAUCUCAUACUAUAUAUGUAUCUGCUAGGUAGGUUACCACUACAGUAGACCUAACUACAUAAUUCCAUGAGGCUUGUAUUGCAGGACACUACAUUUCUCUUUAUUAGCAUCAAAGCAACAUGUCACUGUAAUGUUAUGCCAUUCUCUCAUAAGGAAAAAAUAAUAAACAAACUAAAUGUUGCACAUGAGCCAAUAGGCAUUUUGUAUCAGGGUAAGGUAGGUUUUGUCAACCAGGUUUCUUAUUAUCAUGUGAAUUAGUUGGUUGGAUGACGUUAGGGACAGAUGCCCUCCUUCUGUUUGGUGUGUUCUUCCUUGCUGCACAGUUAGAUUUUAAUUGUGGAAGAUAGUUGGUAGUGUAUGCAUGCAUUGGAGUAUUGCACUUGCUGUUCCCGAGCUCUUGUGAAAGACUGCAGAAGAUGUCACAGUGAGAUGAACCUAAUGUACCAUUGGCAAAACCAGAAAGCAUGAAAAAAAGGGGAAAACAUUAAACAAAUUUAAGUCCUUAAUUAUGUGUAAUCUGACUAAAAUCUGUUUUCGGGGGGUAAUGUGUGGGAGCGAAGUUGACAGCAUUACAGUUCAAAGACAGGGCCAUCAAACAUUAAGAUGAGUCCAUUUUUUCAUAUUGCACUUGACUCACACUUGAAAAGUUAACAUCUUGCUGUUUGAGUUUGUUCCAGAAACGUGGUAAAAGCAUGGGGACACUCACAUUACCGGUGCAUUUUACAGGUCUAAGAACCGACUUAGUAAAAAGU